UAAGCUUUUUCUUUCUUUCUUCUAGACCACAUCACCUCUUACGUUUACACUUUUUCUCACUUUCUUUCUUAUUUCUGUUUUCCACGAUCCAUCCCCAUAUAUGUAUACAGCCCCAAUAACUGUGUAAAACCAUUUUUCUAUUCCCAAACCCUCUUUUUCUCAUGCAAGCUCCCUCUUUCUAUUUAUAGCAGCUCCCUUCACCCACUACCACACCACACCACGACACCAAACUUUUCUUCUGAUCAUCUUCUUCUUCUACACAACUACUACUCUCUCUCUCUCUCUCUCUCUCUCUCUCUCUCUCUCUCUCUUUCUCUCUCCAAAAAUGCCUCUGAAUUACCCUUCUUCAACCUGCUUCAUACUACUUCUAGUAACCAUAACCCGUUUGAUAUACACAGUGGGCAAAACCGAGCAACAGAAAGCUCUGAUUCUUCCAGAUCUUGACAUUGAAAAUAUAUUCCAUAAGCUUCGUGAUGACCCCGAAACCAUUCAGAUGGCUUCUACGGACUACGGCCAUAUCGUGCAUGAGCUCCCGGCAGCUGUGUUUCAUCCAUCUUCCAUAGAUGACAUAGCCACCUUGAUAAAAACCUCGUACAACAGUUUUGUCCCCUUUCACAUAGCAGCGAGGGGCCAAGGCCACUCCACCCAAGGACAAGCCAUGGCUCGUGAUGGGGUAGUGGUUGACAUGGCCACACUGAGAAAACAAGGAAACGGGGUUUCUAUCAGUGUCUCUAAAGACCCUUUGAUAGGUCACUAUGCUGAUGUUGGAGGGGAACAACUCUGGAUUGAUGUGCUACAUGCCUCACUAGAACAUGGACUUGCACCCGUUUCUUGGACUGAUUAUUUGUACUUGACCGUGGGAGGAACACUUUCCAACGCUGGAAUCAGUGGCCAGAGUUUCCGCUAUGGACCUCAAAUCAGCAAGGUUCAUGAAAUGGAUGUUAUCACAGGAAAAGGAGAGUUCGUAACCUGCUCUACCCAGAAGAACUUGGAGUUAUUCAACGCGGUUCUUGGAGGCUUGGGACAAUUUGGAGUGAUAGCAAGGGCGAGAAUUGCUCUUGAGGCAGCACCCAAAAGGGUUAAGUGGGUCAGACUACUUUAUAGUGACUUUUCUGCUUUUACCGAAGACCAGGAACGAUUAAUCUCAAUCAAUGGAAGGAAACAAAAGAAUGCAUUGGAUUUUCUGGAAGGGAUGCUGCUGAUGAACCAAGGCCCCAUAAAUAAUUGGAGAUCCUCUUUCUUCCCUCUAUCUGACCAUCCCAGAAUAGCUUCUUUAAUAACUGAGCACACCAUCCUCUACUGUCUUGAAGUGGCUAAAUAUUAUGACGACCAAACCGAGAAAAAUGUCGACAAGGAAAUUCAAGUUUUGCUCCAAGGGCUGGCCUAUAUCCCCGGAUUUUAUUAUGAGAAAAAUGUCUCAUACGUUGAGUUCUUGAAUAGAGUUCGAAGUGGAGAGUUGAAGCUUCAGUCACAAGGACUGUGGGAGGUUCCUCACCCUUGGCUUAAUUUGUUUAUACCAAAAUCUCAGAUCUUGGAUUUUAAUUCUGGAGUAUUCAGAGAUAUAAUUCUUAAAAGAAACAUCUCUUCUGGACCAGUCCUGGUUUACCCUAUGAAUAGAAACAAAUGGGACGAUAGGAUGUCAGCAUCUAUACCAGACGAGGAUGUGUUCUACACAGUUGGAUUUUUGCACUCAAGUGGGUUUGAUUCUUGGAAGGCGUAUGAUGCUCAAAACAGAGAAAUUUUGGAGUUCUGUAGGGAUGCUGGCAUUAAGGUUAAGCAAUAUCUUCCUAAUCACAGCACACAGGAAGAUUGGACAAACCAUUUCGGUGCCAAAUGGAUGAAAUUCUUGGAAAGAAAACACCAGUUUGAUCCAAAAAUGAUUCUAUCACCCGGCCAAAAAAUCUUCCACAAACAAUUACAACCAGCGUUUUAAAUAUUCCCCCAAUGAAAAAAAAAAACCUAAGUGUUCAUGGAGGGACUGGUGUACAUACUAUGAUGAUCGAAACCAAAAUGACUUUUGUAUUUCUUUUCUAGAGAAAUUAAGGUGGGGUAUUAAAUUCAGCAUUACUUUGACAUCUAAAUUAUGCUAUGUACUUUAGAUAGAUUAUAGGUUGGCACAGUCUUGUACAAGAAGCACAAGUUGUCUCUCACCACUGUCUGUCACUAAACCUGCUAGUGUGGAGAAAAUGUGCUGGAGAUGUUCUAAGCAGUUCUGGUCCUCCAUUAAAUGUGUAACG